UGCGGAUGGGUUUCUCCAGCAAUCCAAAGUGUCAACAUAACCAACUGUGGUCCACUGCAUGCACACGUUCAUCAAUGAAAGAAUCGCUCACUCCACGACUUGAACAUCUGCACAUGUUGGCAUACAAUAUUCAAAGAGGUACAUGUCAAUUUCUGCCCUUGGUCACAUGACUGGCGCUCUCUGGAAUGGAUGGAGAUGGAUCUCCACGUCAGCUCACGUCUCAAAAAAUUUCUGCUCGGCGGAUCUGCUUCAAAGCCAGUGAAGCUGAAGCACUUCUGUACGACGAUGCGAGGCAGUACUAUGGUUGUGGCGUGCCCAACCAAGUGUCAUGAUGGAUUUUGAUGAGCGGGUACCCGUUGGGUCUAACAUGUAUUUGCCCGGCUGUACUUAUUACGUGUCUGGGACGGAAUUUUCCAGCCUUCCUCCUUUUCUGCCCCAGACCCCGUCUUCAUGCCCCAUGACAUACUCAUACUCCACGUCCAGUUUGCCACAAGUUCAGAGCGUUAGAGAAGUGUCUUUCAGGGACUAUGCCAUUGACACGUCCAGUAAGUGGCACUCCAGGGGCAAUCUGCCACAUUGCUACGCGACCGAGGACAUGGUGCACAGGGACUGCCUGUCCAAUCCUGGAACUCUGGGGGACAUGCUAUCGAAAAAUAACUCGGUUCUUUACCACUCCAACACGAGCCAUUCGGCCAACGUGUAUCAUGGCAGCGUGGGGAGGAACGGAGUGCUUCCCCAAGCGUUUGACCAGUUUUUCGAGACAGCGUACGGGAACGUGGAAAACCAGCCGAGCGAGCAUCCGGUGGACAGAGCGACCGGGAAGGCGCCUCCUCCGCCCGCGGACUCAGGCAGCGACAGUUGCCGGGGAACAGAGGAGGCAGAGCGGUGUGAAGAAACCAGCAGCCCGGAGCCAUCUUCCGGUAACAACGAAGAGAAAUUCAGCGGCAGCAGCGGCAAUGGACAGAAGACACGGAAAAAAAGGUGUCCUUACACGAAAUAUCAGAUCAGAGAGCUGGAGAGAGAAUUUUUCUUCAGUGUUUACAUCAACAAAGAAAAAAGGCUACAGCUUUCCAGAAUGCUCAACCUCACCGACCGUCAGGUCAAAAUAUGGUUUCAAAACAGAAGAAUGAAAGAGAAAAAACUAAACAGAGACCGUUUGCAGUAUUACACCACGAACCCUUUGCUUUAGAUCGGAAUCAUUUAUAGGGCGAGAUGGUUAAUUUCAAGUUCGUGGAUGAACAUUCCGGCUCCCAGAGGAGAUGCGAGCUUUAUUCCUCUGAAAGACUUUUUCAUCCAUAAACAUUCAUUUAUAUUAUCUGUAAUCUUUUCCGUUUGAAUUUAAAACUAUUAUUAUGAUGUUUCAUUUUAUUCAGUUAAGUGACUAUUCAGUUUACAGGGAUUUUGUUUUUGAUAUUAUUAUUAUUAUUAUCUUACCAAGAUCUGUAGUUUUUACAUAUGUGUCAUAUAGCAGUAUAAGUAUAUGCUUGAAAUUUGUUUAUAUGGAAAAAAAUGUUUGGGAGGGCAAGAUACUAGUGGACAUGAAGGU